AUGAAGAUACUAUGGGAGAGCGAGGAUUGGCCGGGCGCGCGCAUCGAGCCUGCCAUCACUCAUCUAUCAUGGAUUGCGCAGCCUGAUCGACCCGAUCAUGGCCUUCUCGGUGUUGGUACCGAGUCGGGCUCCGUCGGAAUUACAGUCACCGAUCUGAAGCCGACGGACGACGACAACACGCGCUACAAUUUCAAUCUUCGCGGGCAUCACACCACCAUUCGAAUGGUUACCUGGAACAAAUCCCAGUGUAAGCUGGCUUCUUGCGAUGCGUCAGGAAUCAUCUACGUUUGGGUUCGCAACGAUGAUCGAUGGUCCGUUGAACUUGUCAAUGACCGCGGCGUGAAGGUGAACGAUCUCUCGUGGAGCCCGUGCGGAUCGUCGGCCCUUAUAUGCUACGAGGACAAUUUCGUUCUCAUUGGCUCAUCUUCCGGUCAACGCGUCUGGAGCAACUCAUUCCCAGCGAGUCCGGUGACAACGGUAACCUGCGGUGUGUGGGCGCCUGAUUCAAAACAGCUGGUGCUUGGAUUCUCAUCGGGAACCAUUCAAGUGCUUUCGAAUCAAGGGGCGAAUAUUGCCGAACGAUCAUUCACCAACGAACGACUCCGACAAAUGUCGUUCUCAGCGCUACGCGGCGAAGAUUGGACAUUGGCGAUGCUUACCGUCAACAAUAAGAUUAUAAUGAUCUCCGCAUAUGAUCAAGUCACAACCGAUACCUUCAAAUCGGCAUAUAAUGUGAUUCAUAUGCAAUGGAAUACGGAUGGAACUAUAUUGGGGCUCAUAAAUUCGAAUCACGAACUUGUGAUGUUGAACACGGAAGCCAAAGUGAUUCAUCGGGAGAAGAUCGGAAUCGCGAACGACAAGCAGAAGCUGACCGCAUUCACUUGGGCCCACAAUGGAAGUGCCGUGGUACUAGCCGCUGGCGGUCAUCUUGCCGUUGGACACUUACUGUUUGGGGUUCCAAGUUUAUUCGACAUCGUGUCGUAUUCCGUAUGGAAAAUGGUGGGCAGCAGCUCGAAAAAUGCGCAACAUUUGCCGAUUCCGAAAAAAGAGAAGGAGACGCUUCAGACCCUUGAUCAUCAUAUUAUCCGGUGUCGAAUUCCAAAAAGUCAAGAUUUGUGCAAUUUCGUGUGCAAUGUCAUCGAUGCGCGUUGCUACUGCACAAUUCGGCCAGUAUCUCGUCGUAGUCACACUUAUAUGCUGUGCAUUGAACAUCUCGGUGGACUUGUACCGUUGUUAAUAGGUCGUCAGGUGAAUCGAUUUCUUCCUCAAUUUCAAAUCUACUUGCAUCAAUCGCAAAUUGCUUCUCAAACCGCCGCCGGCUCAUCGGCUCAGGUCGAGGAUGUCUCGAAUUCUAUGGUCCGACACUCAAACGGACGAAAUUCGCUAUGGCGACGAAGCAAACGACAAAUCAGGGCGCUCAUGUCAAGGCACGUACGACCGGCGCGAAAUGACACGAGACUCGUGCAAAUUACAUCGAAUGUUUGGUGCACGAAAUUCAAUAUUUCCUCGCUUUCACCAACGAAUUUGCCACAAUUUUUGGGACAGGUGAUUUACAAAACGUCGGUUCUUCAUUUGCAACCACGACAAAUGACCAUUGAAUUGACAGUGUUGGAUGCGAAACGAAGGCAACGUGAAGCUAAAGCGAAAGAGAAAGCUGCGGCGGCUGCAAAUUCCUCAGCCACAGACCAUCCAGAAUCCGUAGACAAAGGGCUCACGAAUGAAGAAAGAUCAUUCUUUGAAAAGGUUCUUGCUGAAUGUAUCGCACUUCGUGCAGCAAUGGACGACACCACGAAAACGGACCCAACGCCGAGUCCUUGUCAACCUUCUACUUCGAAACAAGAAGCGCCGAAAUGCAAGAACUCGACUCCGCUGAGUAAUCGAACGACUGAUUCGAAAAUCGAUGUUACGAGUAUGGCGAGCUCUGUGAGCACAUGGCACGAAGAGAUUGAAACACUUGAAUUCAUCGAUGGCGACGAUGACAAGGUGAUUCCGAGCUCGUCGAAAGGCGGAUGGCCGGGCGCCAGCAAAAAAGACACGGAAGCAAUUCGUGUACAUGUCGACAAACUGGCGUCGAUUGCCGAACAACUUUCGAAACGACAUGUGGAUUUCAAUGCGAAAAAAGAUAAAGCAUCGAUCAACAAGAUGCGAUCGCAGAUGAAAGAGCUGCUGAGACGGGUUAACGAAAUCGAGAAGAAGGUUGGAAGUGGUGAUGUUAAGACUGAAGUAAGGCAGUUGCUGAAGACUCUUGAAGAAAUGAAGAAGACUCUUUGCGAAGCCCCAACCGGACAACCUCGCUCAAGCAGCUAUCGUUCGGUUGUUAUGCACAACAAAACGCCGUUUUGGAAUGAGCAUAAUCAGGUUUAUCAGCUCGAUUUUGGGGGAAGAGUCACUCAGGAAUCGGCGAAAAACUUUCAGAUCGAAAUGGAUGGCAAGCAAGUAUUGCAAUUCGGUCGUAUUGAAGGAGGCGCUUACACAUUAGACUUCCGACAACCAUUUUCAGCUUCACAGGCGUUCGCUGUCGCCCUCGCCAGCAUCACACAACGAUUAAAGUAG